AUGGGUGGAAUCUAUUUGCUAACAGCACAGGGCAAUGCAGUGGUCACUGUUGCUGGUGGUUCCUCAGCCGGCCGGAUUGCCAACAAGACUUAUGAUCCAUCAACAAACAGACUCACAGCUUUUGUCGUUAUACCUCAAGGUGCAUCACAAAUCAUGUUGAGUUUUGUUAAUACUAGUGGUCAUGGUGUACAAAAUAUAACUCUUUUACAACCAAAUUAUGAUCUAACAUCGCAAUCAAAUAUAACAAAUUUAAUGCUAACACAUCUAUCACGUUUCAGCAUAAUACGCUUUAUGGAUUGGAUGGCGACAAAUAAUAAUCCAGAUGUCAACUGGAACGACAGUACGCCUCUGUGGUGGCCACAAUAUACAACACCGAAGCAUAAUCCGUGGGACACAAUACCAUACAUUGUUAAUAAAUUUAUUACACCUGUUGAUAUUUGGAUCAAUAUACCGUUCGGUGCCACUGAUGAUUACGUCCUUCAAGUUGCACAACUAAUGUUAAAUCAGCUCAAUCCGUCGAUCAAUAUUUAUGUGGAAUACUCAAAUGAAGUGUGGAACUACAUCUUCACACAAGCAUCGGCUAACCUUCGUGACGCUAAUGUUUCUGUUCUUAAUCAAGGUGACCCAUUACACUUAGCUUAUGAUAAUAAUACUAACGUUGGUUACUGGGCUUUCCGACGAACAGCAUCGCAAAUAAAGCGCAUAUCUGAUCUAUUUAAAACUGUUUUCGGCCAGCAAAAUGUAGGACCAUGGAAACGCAUUCGACCAAUACUAGCAGGUCAAAGCACAAAUCCAAUUGUUAUUACACAAGGUUUAGACUACAUCAGUAAUGUUUAUGGACCACCAUCCAACUAUUUACAUGGGAUUGCUAUUGCACCCUAUUUUGAUUUAGCACAAUAUAAAACAUGGUCAAAUCUGACAACAGAUCAAGUUAUUGAUGGUCUCAAUUCGAGUAUACAAACCUAUUUGCCUGAGCAAGGGUGGAGUGUAACAGGACCAAUUGGUGUACAUGGAACAUAUGCCGCAUGGUAUGGAUUGGCCGUGCAUGGUUACGAAGGAGGUCCAGAUACUGCAUCUGGAUGUGGCAGUUGUUCAUUGCAAGCAAAAAUAAAUGCAACUCGUGAUGGUCGUAUGACCAAUUUAUGUACACAAUUUUUAAAUGGUUGGUAUCGGUAUGGAUUUCAACCACUGAAUUGUUCAAUUCCAUUAACAUUCGGUAUACCUAUUCCAUCAUAUAAUGUCAAUUCAACUAAUUUUAUGAAUCAUCGCGUGCCAUAUACAGAUCCAUGGCUAAGAAAUUUAGGUCCAAAUUCCACAUUCUAUUAUCCAUUACAAAUACUUCAAUCACCAAUGACAAUUAAUGUAACUGUUUAUGUAGCCGGUAAUUCUGGAACAUUAGAAGCAUCAAUUAAUAACGCAGACUUUAUCCAAGUACGAACACCAUCCACUGGUAAUUAUACAAAUUUUCAACCAGCCCCUAUAUUUCAAUUUACUAUAACAAAAACAGUUAUACCAUCGAUUGUAACGCUUCGUUUAAAAAACAUUAUCAACGGGUAUUCUAUUCUUGGUUUUGAUGUUACAUCGUGGUCGCCCACAACCACCACCACCGUUGCAUCGACAAGUUAG